AGACUGAAGUACAUUCACCAGUAUGAAGAAAAACAGGCAUCAGGUUGGACGCCGAAAAAAUAUCGAAAAACCCUGGGCGUCGACAAGUUGUCCCUGAACAGUUUCUAUGGCAGCUCAAUUGACCUAUGGCCACAUGGUGCCAGACUUCAAUAAGAUGUCGGCGGAUCCUACUAAAAAAAUCAAAGAUGUCUUUCUUCCCACGUCUGAGGUGAUUGCUAUUUGCUGGGAAUCUGCGAAGGAGUUCGUGCUGCAUGAUGCCUCGACCAAUAUUUUCCUAGCGACCUUUACGACAGCUUGGGCUCGUCUCAAGCUGUUUAGUAAAAUGGAGAAAUUGGAUCGAGACGUCCUGUAUCACGAUACAGAUUCGAUUACCUAUGCCUCGAAUGGUUGCAAUGAUCCCCCCUUGGGCAACUUCCUUAGGGAGAAUUUACGGAUGAACUGGAGGGUGAUGUCAUCAAAACCUUUCGUCUCUGGAGGACCGAAAAACUACGCAUACCAGACGGCCACUGGGAAAACCUGCUGCAAAGUCCGAGGAUUUUCAUUGAACUUCCGCAAAUUCCCAGUUGCUGAAUUUUGA